AUCAGUUGUUCCUGCUGUUCUUGGUGUGAACCGUGAAUCAGGGUAACUUAACAACACAAGCUUCUAAAAUUAGGCGUAUUAUCAAUUCUCCACACGAACGGUCCUAAUUCUACGUCGUGUUCUAGCCCAUUUCGAGAAGAAAAUUGUUUUGGCCAUAGUUUAGCAGCUGAUGAAGACAACAAACAAAAGAAAUUUGAACCUUCUAGUGCUGCUUAGUUAAAAAGGCAGGCAAUCCUAGUCAUGAUAAAAAUGGCUAAUGAGGUCGUUAAAUUCUAUUCUUACAUGAAUAUGAGUUAACCCAUAUUGGAAUAUUGUCCAUUUGUUCUUCCAUUUAUUAGAGAAACUCAAUCAAACGCUUGAAUUCGACAAAGUAUGAGAUGGGCUUGCUCCAUCACCAAUCCACUUUUGAAGCGAGUUCAAUUUCCUUCUCUGGUUACUAUAGCUACGGAUGGUGUCGUGAACACCCUUGAAUUUUUUCACCAGUACCAAACCCGAAGUCAUGGUUCUUCAGUGUCAGGUGAUUACACUAAUGUUCUAAUGGUAGAGGCACUUCACGCACAGUCCGUGAAAGAUGGGUCUCUUCAAAAUCUUUCUAUGAAUAACUAUCUCUUGGAUUUGUAUGUUAAAUCAUCAAAUCUGCAUUGCGCACACAAGCUGUUCGAUGAAAUGCCCACUCAAGAUGUGAGGUCGUGGACUAUUCUUGUGUCCGGUUUUGCUCGAAAUGGGUAUCCGACAGUGGUUUUCGAGUGUUUCAGGAAGAUGCAAACUGAGGGUGUUUGUCCAAAUCAGAUUACCCUGUCUAUUGUUUUCAAGUGUUGCUCUAGUCUGCGUGAGUUUAGGAAUGGGAUGGCAAUUCAUGGGUGGAUACUGAGAAAUGGCAUUGCCGAAGACAUCGUGUUGGAGAAUUCGAUUCUUGACCAUUAUGUGAAAUGCAGGGCGUUUGAUUAUGCGAUAAGGCUGUUUGGAUUGAUGAAACAGAAAGAUACUGUAUCAUGGAAUAUAAUGAUUGGUGCAUAUUUGCUUCUAGGGGAUGUGGAGAAGUCUGUCGAUUUGUUUAGAAGCCUGCCCUUCAAAGAUGUUGCCAGUUGGAAUACACUACUAAAUGGACUCACGCGAAAUGGGUUCGAGAGAGCUGCAGUGAAGCUGCUUUAUGAGAUGGUGGAAAGUGGUCCUCCAUUAAACGAAUUCUCCUUUUCUGUAGCUUUAGUUAUGGUCUCAAGUUUGUCAAUAUUGAAACUAGGGAAACAAAUUCAUAGCCAGGUUUUGAGACUUGGAAUUCACAAUGAUGGAUUCAUAAGAAAUUCACUUGUGGAUAUGUAUUGCAAAUGUGGGAAGAUGGGGGAGGCAUUAGCCAUCUUCAGAAAAAUGCCAAUGGAAAAUUUGACGGUACAAAGUGAGAAGGCCGCCACUUACGAUAAAUCAAUGGAGGAAAUUGUUUUGUGUAGUUCAAUUGUUUCUGGGUAUGUUCGAAAUGGAGAUUACAAAGAUGCUAUGAAAACAUUUAGCACUUUGGUUUGCAAGCAUGUUAAGGUGGAUGGAUUUACCCUUACAAGCAUUGUUUCUGCUUGUGCUAACGCUAGGAAUUUAGGAUAUGGUCGACAGGUCCAUGGCUACAUCCAGAAAGUUGGGCAAAAGGUGGAUACUCACUUGGGCUCUUCGUUGAUUGAUAUGUACAGCAAAUGUGGAAGCUUGAACGAUGCUGGGAUGAUUUUUAGAGAAACUAAGAGUGCAAAUGUUGUCGUUUGGACUUCCAUGAUCUCUGCCUGUGCUUUACAUGGGCAAGGAGAGGAAGCUCUGCAAUUAUUUGAUAAUAUGAUCACUGAAGGAAUUAGACCUAAUGAGGUUACAUUUGUAGGGGUUUUAACUGCAUGCAGCCAUACAGGACAGCUUGAAGAAGGCUGCAGAUAUUUUAGCUUGAUGAAAGAAUAUGGCAUCAAACCUGGAAUUGAGCAUUUCACUUGUAUCGUUGAUCUUUAUGGUCGUGCUGGCCACUUGACUAAGGUGAAGGAGUUCAUUGAUGAAAAUGGUAUCUCACAUCUGACUGCAGUUUGGAGGUCAUUUCUCUCUUCUUGUUGCCUUCACAAAAAUGUGGAGAUGGGAAAAUGGGUUUCAGAGAUGCUACUGCAGCUGGAACCAUCUGAUGCAGGUCCUUAUGUUUUAUCAUCAAAUAUGUUUGCCAACAGUCAUAGUUGGGAAGAGGUGGCUAGAGUGAGGACUUUGAUGCAACAGAGAGGGGUUAACAAACUCCCUGGUCAAUCUAGGAUCUAAGCGAAGAAUUAUUUUUGUCCCACCCAAAAGACA